GUCGCAGGGCCCCGAGGUGCCCUCGCCCCCGCCGCUCCCGCCUGCUCCUUGCGCCCGCCAGCGGCGGCCAUCGAGGGUCCCGGCAGGUAAGGGGCGCAUCUCGACCCCGCGGCAGCCCCCGGGACGCAGCCUCGGACAGGAGCCACUGAAGUGGUUUUCCGCAGAGAGGAAAGCUCAUGGAGUGACUUCCGGGUCUUCACGCAGUCAUGGAUAUGGAUAAGCCAUCUGUCUGGGGCUCUUUGAAACAGCGAACCAGGCCUUUGUUAAUCAACCUGAGCAAGAGGAAGGUGAAAAAGAAUGCAAGCAAGCCCCUAGACCUAAGGGCAAGGCGUCCCUUGGACCGCCGCCUCAGCCUUUCUGUCCCUGACCUCCUGGAGGCUGAGGCCUUGGCCCCAGAGGGGCGGCCUUACUCUGGGCCUCAGUCAUCCUAUACCUCGGUGCCCAGCAGCCUGUCGACUGCAGGGAUCUUCCCCAAGAGCAGCAGCAGCUCCCUGAAACAGUCUGAAGAAGAAUUGGAUUGGAGUCAGGAAGAAGCAGGCCCCCUCCACGCGGGGGAAACAGACUCCGAGGAGGCCUACGCCUCUCCUGCUGAGGACAGGAGGCCUUCGGGCAAUGACAUCUUGGAUCUGCUCCAGAAAUCUCCCCUUGAAGAGGCUGCAUUUGAAGAGCCAGAGAAACCAUGUGGAAGUGGGGAUCUGAAUGCUUCUCUGACAUCUCAACAGUUUGAAGAGCAAUCUAUGUUUGGGGAAGUCGGCGAUGGCCUAAGUCACCUGCCCAGUCCUUUUGCCUACCUCCUCACCAUACACCUGAAGGAAGGCCGCAACCUGGUCAUCCGAGAUCGCUGCGGCACAAGCGAUCCCUAUGUGAAAUUUAAGCUGAAUGGGAAGACGCUGUACAAAAGUAAAGUCAUAUAUAAGAACUUGAAUCCAGUAUGGGAUGAGAUAGUGGUACUUCCCAUUCAAAGCCUUGAUCAAAAGCUCCGUGUGAAGGUAUAUGAUCGGGAUUUAACUACAUCUGAUUUCAUGGGCUCUGCAUUUGUCAGUCUCAGAGAUCUUGAGCUUAACAGGACAACUGAACAUAUUUUAAAAUUGGAAGACCCCAACAGUUUAGAAGAGGACAUGGGGGUGAUUGUGUUAAAUUUGAACCUAGUAGUAAAACAGGGCGAUUUCAAGAGACAUCGUUGGUCAAAUCGGAAGCGGUUGAGUGCCAACAAGUCCUCUUUGAUUCGCAACCUGCGACUCGCAGAGUCCUUGAAAAAGAACCAGUUGUGGAACGGAAUUAUAAGUAUAACCUUGUUGGAAGGGAAGAACGUCUCAGGAGGAAGCAUGACAGAGAUGUUUGUCCAGUUAAAACUGGGAGACCAGAGGUAUAAAAGUAAGACACUGUGUAAGAGUGAAAAUCCGCAGUGGCGGGAACAGUUUGACUUUCACUACUUCUCUGACAGGAUGGGCAUUUUGGACAUUGAAGUGUGGGGAAAGGACAGCAGAAAGCACGAGGAACGCUUGGGCACGUGUAAAGUGGACAUCGCAGCACUGCCGCUCAAGCAAGCCAACUGCUUGGAGCUGCCCUUGGAGAGCUGCCUGGGGACCCUCUUGAUGUUGAUCACACUCACUCCCUGUACUGGAGUCUCUGUCUCUGAUCUGUGCGUGUGCCCCUUGGCAGACCCCAGCGAAAGAAAGCAGAUUGCCCAGCGAUAUGGCUUACGGAAUUCACUGAAAGAUAUGAAGGACAUCGGCAUUUUACAAGUGAAGGUCUUAAAGGCAGUAGAUCUUUUAGCAGCAGAUUUCUCAGGGAAGAGCGAUCCUUUUUGCUUAUUGGAGUUAGGCAAUGACCGACUUCAGACACACACCAUUUACAAAAACCUCAACCCCGAGUGGAACAAAGUUUUUACAUUUCCUAUUAAAGAUAUCCAUGACGUUUUGGAAGUGACAGUGUUUGAUGAAGAUGGAGAUAAACCUCCUGAUUUUCUUGGAAAAGUUGCCAUUCCCUUGCUGUCUAUUCGAGAUGGACAACCCAAUUGCUACAUAUUGAAGAAUAAAGAUUUAGAACAAGCUUUUAAAGGAGCUAUUUACUUGGAGAUGGACCUUAUAUAUAAUCCGGUCAAAGCAAGUAUUAGGACCUUUACCCCCAGAGAAAAGCGCUUUGUGGAAGAUAGCCGCAAGCUGUCCAAGAAGAUCUUAUCAAGAGAUGUAGACCGUGUGAAAAGAAUCACCAUGGCAAUGUGGAAUACAAUACAGUUCCUUAAAAGCUGUUUCCAGUGGGAAUCCACGUUACGAAGUGCAGUAGCGUUCGUGGUAUUUUUGAUCACUGUCUGGAAUUUUGAGCUGUACAUGGUCCCCCUGGCCUUAUUACUACUCUUCAUCUACAACUUCAUCUUUCUCACAAAAGGGAAGAUCAACAGCAUCCAGGAUGGCCAGGAGAGCACCGACUUGGAGGAAGAGGAGUAUGACGAUGACAAGGAAUCCGAGAAAAAGGGGUUCAUUGAAAGAAUCUAUAUGGUACAGGAUAUUGUUUCAACUGUUCAAAACAUCUUGGAGGAAAUAGCUUCUUUUGGAGAAAGAAUUAAAAACACAUUUAACUGGACGGUCCCCUUCCUUUCCUUCCUGGCCUGUCUGAUCCUGGCAGUGGCCACUGUCACUUUGUAUUUCAUUCCUCUCCGGUACAUCGUUUUAAUCUGGGGCAUAAAUAAGUUUACUAAGAAGCUUCGAAAUCCCUAUGCCAUCGACAAUAACGAGCUGUUAGACUUCCUCUCCAGGGUACCGUCUGAUGUUCAAAAGGUGCAGUACGCCGAAUUGAAACCCUGUAGCAGCCAGAGCCCCCUUCGGAAGAAGCGCAGCGCCGUCUAGGACACGUGCCAACGUUGGACACCAGCCCCCGAUUCCCUGUUGGGUUGAUUAGACCAAGGCCAUCUCUCUGUUUCACCCGUGGCCACGAUGGUGUCAUUCCAAAAUGCAUGCUGUGUGGAACCCCCUCCUGCCCCUCCCCCCGUAUGUGCACAAAUCGGCACCUGUGUGUUCAAGUCCACGUGCAUGGGUGUGCUGGUUGCCUAGCAGGUCAGCCCCUCCAAAGGAAAAAUGAUCCAGAGAGUGUGAAACACUGAUGCCCCUUCUCCAACAGAAAGUAAAGCAAGGCUGCCAGGGAGCUGAAUAGCCUCCUCAGAACAGCCGAGAGACCACCUGGAUUCAGGAGGGGCUUUGAACUUGUUAUCGGACCCCGGACAGAUUCUCCAGAAGAUCCAGCCAUGCCCACUCCCGUCUGCACACUACUUGCAGAUUAUUGUUCUUGUGAGUCUGUCAGUUUCUCUGAGUUAACAAAUCCCUGGUAGCCAUCAUCUCCCCAAAUAGUAUAUAUUAUAAAUAGAUUUUUAAAUAAUGAUCAGGAUUAGCUCAAGUCUUUGGGAGUCCUUCAGCCAUGAUUACUGAAGUCAGGUAUGGAAGAUUGUGGUCAACACCUCAGCGCUGGAUGCCAGCCUGUUUCACUGUCCAUUGCUGGCAAUGGAAGGCCCAGGAAAGUCCAAAGGACCACUCGUCCACAAAGUGAAGGUUUCAUGAGAGUGUUUAGUUGCCUUAAAAACACCAUUUCUUCCAACUUGACUUUGCCUCUUUCCAAAAUAAAAUCUCAAUAGUAUAGCUUCAGAAAGCAGGGAAUGAAAGUAAAAAAAAAAGUCAGCAGUCCAAAAUGAUCUUUUGUUCCUGAACAAAAUAGGCUACAUGCAAUACAUCUUUAUCUCAGAACCUCAUUCCUAGAAAAGUACCUUCCCCAAACCCUGAAGAGUAUCUGAUGCCUACAGCCCCCAUUUCAUAGUACUUCCUCAAGUAAAAACCCUAAUUUUUUGCAUAUAUAAAUGUAUACCAAUAUCUUUAUGUUCAAAUGAUAUUUAAGUUGUAAAAACAGUAUUUUGUUGACACAUACU